AGCCAGACCUCAUUUCCUGUUGGGAAGAAGGAGAAGAUCCGGUGAUGCAGGAACCCAAAGAAGAGGAGGAGACCUCAGCAGGGAAGAAAACUCCACAGAACUGGCUCCACAGCGCUCAAAGCACGUUUAAUAGAGAGGCUCUUCUUUCAAUGCCUUCAUUCUGCCAGCCCUCCCCAGUUCCCUAUUCUGUUAGUGACGACCUCGCCUCAGUUGUUCAUGCUCUGGUAACUUCUAGACUGGACUACUGCAAUGCGCUCUACGUUGGGCUGCCCUUGAAGACUGUUCGGAAACUACAACUAGUCCAGAAUGCAGCGGCCAGAUUGUUGACGCAGACCAGAAGGUCCGCUCAUAUAACACCUGUUCUGGCCCAUCUGCACUGGCUUCCUGUUUGUUUCCGGGCUAGAUUCAAAGUGCUGGUUUUGACCUAUAAAGCCCUACACGGCAUGGGACCGCAAUACCUGGUGGACUGCCUCUCCCAAUAUGAACCUACCCGGACACUGCGCUCAACAUCUAAGGCCCUCCUCCGAGUGCCAUCCCAUCGAGAAGCUCGGAGGGUGCUGACUAGAACCAGGGCCUUUUCUGUGGUGGCCCCCAAACUGUGGAACAGCCUUCCUGAUGAGGUGCGCCUGGCGCCGACGCUACUAUCUUUUCGGCACCAGGAUACAUCUGGGGGGUGAAAGCUGACAGAGAAGUAUCUGAAGUAUCACUGGAAAAAGCUGAGGAGCACAUGCAGGAGCAUAAACUGAGGAGUCAAGAUGGAGCAAAGAGACAAGAGGAAAGACAAACUCACACAGGGGAGAAACCUUAUAAAUGCUUGGAGUGUGGAAAGAGCUUCAGUCAGAGUAGCAGCCUUACUUUGCACCAAAGAACUCACACAGGAGACAAACCUUAUAAAUGCUUUCAGUGUGGAAAGAGCUUCAGUCAGAGUGGCCACCUUACUUCGCAUCACAGAACUCACACAGGAGACAAACCUUAUAAAUGCUUGGAGUGUGGAAAAAGCUUCAGUCAGAGUGGCCACCUUACUUCGCAUCACAAAACUCAUACAGGGAACAAACCUUAUCAAUGCUUUGAGUGUGGAAAAAGCUUCAGUUGGAGUAGCAACCUUACUUCGCAUCAAAGAACUCACACAGGAGACAAACCUUAUAAAUGUUUGGAGUGUGGAAAGAGCUUCAGGUGGAAUAGCCACCUUACUUCGCAUCACAAAACUCAUACAGGGAACAAACCUUAUCAAUGCUUGGAGUGUGGAAAAAGCUUCAGUUGGAGUAGCGCCCUUAAUUUGCAUCACAGAACUCACACAGGGGACAAACCUUAUAAAUGCUUGGAGUGUGGAAAGUGCUUCAGUUGGAGUAGUGCCCUUACUUUGCAUCACAGAACUCACACAGGGGACAAACCUUAUCAAUGCUUGGAGUGUGGAAAGAGCUUCAGUCAGAGUGACAAACUUAGUAUACAUGAAAGAACUCACACAGGGGACAAACCUUAUCAAUGUUUGGAGUGUGGAAAGAGCUUCAGUCAGAGUGUUAACCUUACUUCGCAUCACAAAACUCAUACAGGGAACAAACCUUAUAAAUGCUUGGAGUGUGGAAAGAGCUUCAUUAGGAGUAGAGCCUUGAGUUCUCAUCAAAGAACUCACACUGGGGACAAACCUUAUAAAUGCUUGGAGUGUGGAAAGAGCUUCAGUCAGAGUAGCAACCUUACUUCGCAUCACAAAACUCAUACAGGGAACAAACCUUAUCAAUGCUUUGAGUGUGGAAAAAGCUUCAGUUGGAGUAGCAACCUUACUUCGCAUCAAAGAACUCACACAGGAGACAAACCUUAUAAAUGUUUGGAGUGUGCAAAGAGCUUCAGGUGGAAUAGCCACCUUACUUCGCAUCAGAAAACUCAUACAGGGAACAAACCUUAUCAAUGCUUGGAGUGUGGAAAAAGCUUCAGUUGGAGUAGCGCCCUUAAUUUGCAUCACAGAAUUCACACAGGGGACAAACCUUAUAAAUGCUUGGCGUGUGGAAAAAGCUUCAGUUGUAGUAGCCACCUUACUUUGCAUCACAGAACUCACACAGGGGACAAACCUUAUAAAUGCUUGGAGUGUGGAAAGACCUUCAGUCAGAGUAGCCACCUUACUUUGCAUCACAGAACUCACACAGGGGACAAACCUUAUAAAUGCCUGGAGUGUGGAAAGAGCUUCAGGUGGAGUGGCCAACUUAUUUCGCAUCACAAAACUCAUACAGGGAACAAACCUUAUCAAUGCUUGGAGUGUGGAAAGAGCUUCAGGUGGAGUAGCCACCUUACUUCGCAUCACAAAACUCAUACAGGGAACAACCCUUAUCAAUGCUUGGAGUGUGGAAAGUGUUUCAGUCGGAGUGACACCCUUAGUAAACAUGAAAGAACUCACAGGAGACAAACCUUAUAAAUGCUUGGAGUGUGGAAAGAGCUUUAGUUCUCUAAAUCCCUAACCAAUCCCUAGGUCUCGACAGGCUCCUAUGAAGUUGGUCCCACAGUUGGACCUCAACUGCUUGGUUGGGCCUCGUAUGGCAAGGAACCUAUGGAGGGCAUUUAUGAAACUCAAAGUGUCCAUGGACUCGAUCACUUCGAUGUGAAUGCUGAAGCAGGUAAAGGCUUUACUACCUGAGGCUGCCUUUGAAGACGGUUCAGAAACUGCAGGUUGUGCAAAAUGCAACGCCCUGAUUGGUAACAGGGACCAGAUGGUUCAAACGUAUAAAACCAAUUCUGGCCCACUUGCAUUGGCUGCCUCUAUGUUUCCGAGCUCAAUUCAAGGUGCUGGAUUUGACCUAUUAUACAGCCACAAGAGUGUCUGUAUAGUAUAGCCAGCGGGGAUUUUUCACAUUCCGCCAUGUUAAAUUGAAAAUACCCCCCAUGCCAUUCUGAUGCUUCCCAUAAGCUCAUUUCAAAACAAAAGCUUCCAUAACUUAUAGUCCUGAACUCAGAAACACUUGCUUAACAGCCCUGUCAAUCUUCAUGGCGAUACACAAAACAGUCAGAGAGAAUAGACAGUUCAAAGUGUAAAAAGAGAGAGAAACCUCAGAACCCUUUUGGACUUUUUUCUCUGAGAGUUAUAAUCUGUUGAGAUUAAUUAAAAAUCAGCCAUGUUCACAGAGUACCUGUAAUCCUAAUACUGACCUUGCCCCAUACUCUGACCUUCAUCUGCUGCAGUUUAAAAGUUUAAAAAAUGCCGGGCUGAUUUUUAAUUAAUUUAAUAAAUUUUGGUUGGGACCCAAUGAUAGCGCGAAGCAUGCUCAGUAAGGACCAACUGUCAGAGUUCUAAAAGCCAGACUCACAGCUGCUGGGCUUGGCUAAUCAGAGGGCCACACCUACACCAGACUUGAUUUCACUUGAGACAAUCAUGGCUUCUCUCAAAGAAUCCUGGGAAGUGUAGUUUGUGAAGGGUGCUAAGAGACUCCUAUUCCCCUGAGAGAAUGGUUUAACAGCCAGCCACUCUGAUUGAAGGACUGUGAGGGGAACAGGGCGUCUCCUAGCAACUCUCAGCACCCUUCACUAACUACACUUCCCAGGAUUCUUUGAGAGAAGCCAUGACUGGCCAAUGGGAAAUAAAGGGCUGGUGUGGAUGUGGCCAGGGACAGCUUUGGUUUAAAUUUGGGUGGGAGGCUACAUGUGUCUGCUGUAGAAUAAAAAGGUGGGGGAAAGGCUGAAAAAGAAUGAUUCUGUUUACAAUGUUUUCCUUUUGGAAAGGAAAAUGUGUUCCCUUCUGCCCAGUGCCCACCCACCCAAUCUCCUCCCCUCCCACUCCCUGCCCCUUCCCUGGGUCAGUGUUGGACUAUGACCUGGGAGACCAGGGUUCGAAUCCCCACACAGCCAUGAAGCUCACUGGAUGACCUGGGGCCAGUCACAGCCUCUUGGCCUCAGAGGAAGACAAUGGUGAAAUCACCUCUGAAUACCGUUUACCAUGAAAACCCUAUUCAAAGGGUCGCAAUAGGUGGGGAUUGACUUGAAGGCAGUCUAUUUUCAUUUUCAAACAUGAUUGCAUAGAAAUAGAUCCCACUUGGAUUUGGAGGGCCAUAACCUGAAGUCGGGAUGGCAUGGAUAUCUAUGGUAUGACAAAGUAAAAGUUAAUGUGGACUUUAAUAAUCAUUUUAUAAGACGUCCUUUGUUGAAAAUAUGGAAUAGAUAUAAACCAAGGUUUUGUUCUAAAAUACCAUUAUGUGUCUCAAGUCAAGAAGCGUUCUAUAGAAGAGAAAUGGCUGGAAAAGAGAAAUGGUUAACUUAUCAAGAACUAUUAGAAAAUGUGCAUGGAGAAUAUAUAAUGAAAGAGAGAGAACAACUAAUAAUGGAAGGAUAUAGUUCUCAAUGGUUUGCCUAUUUACAAUUGUUAGAAAGAUAUAAAAUGGAUAAGAAAAUGUAUGGGUUUGAAAUAAAUAAAUCUGAUUUUGAAAUAUGUCUGUACAAAUGAUGAAUGUAUACUCGCGAAAAUGUAUAAACUUUUAUUAAAAAUGGAAAUGGAAGAAGAACAAGUAAAAGAGUGUAUGGUAAAAUGGGCAAAAAUUUUGGUUAUAACAUACAAAUGGAUCAAUGGGAAAAUAUGUGGAAAAAAGGAUUGAAAUUUACACUGUGUUAUAAUCUUAAAGAAAAUUUCUAUAAAAUGAUGUAUCAUUGGUACAUGACUCCAGAAAAGUUGUCAAAAAUGUAUAACAAUGUUUCUAAUGUUUGUUGGAAAUGUAAACACCAAGAAGGAUCAUUUUAUCAUAUGUGGUGGCUGUGUAAACAAGCGAAAUCAUUUUGGGCACAGAUAGGUAGGAUGAUGCAAAAAUUUUUAAAGAUAAAUAUUCAAUUAAAGCCAGAAUUUUUUUUAUUGGGUUUUUAUGGAUAAACAAAUAGAAAAGAAAUAUGGAAGAAUAAUAUUAUAUAUGAUUACGGCAGCAAGAUUAUUAUAUGCACAAAAGUGGAAAAUGGAAUCAACACCAACAACGGAAGAAUGGCUAUUGAAAUUAAUGGACUUAGUUGAGAUGGACAAAUUGACAUGCCUUCUCAGAGAAAAAACGACAGAUACAUUUCUUAAGGAAUGGAAGCCUCUUUUGGACUUUUUGUUGAAAGAAAAAAAUGAAAUGAUGAUAAUGGGAUUUGACGAUUAAUUAAGAUAGACUUUGGAAAAAAGUGAAUUUCGUAUGUUUUAGGGGACAGGUUUGAUAUAUAUUAUAUACUUAUAGCUGAUCUGCGACAAAUCGGAAGUC